AUGGAAGUGGAUAGCGGUAUGAGCAUGCAAUAUGGAACCACGGACCCAAGCGACAAUCCUGCUACUGACCAAGUAGAGCUGUCGGUAGACCAGUCAAGCUCUCAGGGUAGUCUCUCCAACGAUGCGCAUGCGGCAAAUCCUAACCCGACAAUGGUGCACAUCGCUGACCAUGAAGCUGAGGUUACCCUCGAUCACGACCACCCAGAAUCGGAUUGGACUGCAUUUGAAGAACGACUUCAGCAAACGAAUAUGAUGAUCGCAUUUUCGAUUAAUGAUGCCACUAUCUUGGUGCCAAACCAAGGCUUCUGGGGCUUACCAGAACUGGCAACAGGAAUCACCCAAGUUGCCGAGUCCAAAGGCGUUUGCUUUGACGCCCCGGGGCUGCUACCAACGGAUGGCCAGGUGACAAAACUCCUCGGAAGACCGAACGUCAACGAUCGUGCGCUGUGGAAGCUACUUCGCCGAGGAUACAUCAAAGUCCAUGAGGCCACGAUCUGGGUUAGCCCCGAGUUUACAGGGCGCCGGCAAUCUAACCUGGAUUUGAUCGAAGUGGAGUACAGUAAUGCUAAUUACGUGUCGGUCAAGGAUCUGCAUGCCGUCCUGCAACGCUGGGGGGCGAGGGAAGCUAUUAUCGUCUCCCACAGCGCCAGUCGCAUGCGCCACGGGAAAUGGCCGGCUAUAGCGUGCGUCAUCAACGCUGUGACUGACCCCACAACUGGAGAUCCGAAGUUCGCCUUCCUCGAAGGCGGAAGAACCAUCAGACUUGCACCCGUGCAGAACGUCGAAUGGAGCAAGGACCGCUGGAUGCUGAAUCGCCCGUCAGCGGCGUCCGAGUUAGAGGAUCUGAAUCGCCGUCUCCACAUCUUUGGUGGAGUCAUCGUGAUGAUUCCGCCCGGACGAUGGUGGGGAACGCUCACAAUGCGGGAUGAAGAAGACGCAAACAGACUCUGCGAGCGAUACGGGGUCCAGCAGGGGCGGCGAAUCUACAUCGGAAACAUCAAACGCUUCGGCACCUCCGUCGCGAGUGUCGGGAGCCCCGCUACAACAGGCCAGAACCGUUCGAACAACAUCAUGAGCGCGAGAGAGAAAGCCAGGCACUCCACGGCCGAGCGAAUAGUCAUUGGCAAGCAAUUGCGAGAGAGGCAGAACGGAAGCGUGUCGACCACGCACGAGAGCCACACCUCCAAGCAGCGCGGACAUUUCAACAGCAGAUGUGGCGCCUACACGACGAUGAGACCGAGUACAAUGCCUUGUACCGACCCAGACGCAUGCAGCAACAAGGAGCGACCUUGA